GAUAAAACUCGCGCAUGCGCAGUUAGUCGCUCAGCUUGCUAACUUUCACCAUUUCUUCUGUAUUUGACAAAUGAAUAUAAAUCAAGAUAAACUGAUUUUAUAAAAGCGUGAAUAAUUUUGACUCAAAGUAGAGCGUUGACUUUUGAAUUUUGUUACAGUUGAGGUUAUUAGAUAACGUCGUUCAUAUUUAGGUGGUAAUUUAAAGUCAAACAUGAUUGUCGCGCCAGUCCCGCCAGGCUUUGGCCGAUCUCUGUGGAGGGAAAACUGUAAUGUAACCUUACCAGUUUCUGUACUCGCUUUCAAGCUGCCAAAAGUAAUCUCAUAAGAAAAUAUCGUCGCUAUUUAUUACGGUUUACUGUCACCAAACACGUUCAAGGCGAAUGUUUCAUCCAGAUGCAGUAAAAACUGUUUCAUAGCCGCAUCGCUUUUGCAGUGAAGAAAAAGGAAGAGUGUUAAACAAAACUCAAUUCAUAUCAGUAUUUUUUUCACAUAAGAAACGAAAUGUCUAAACGAAAAGGAGUGUCGGCAGAUGAGAAACGUGUUAGGAUGCUUCAGCUAUUUUAUGAGAAAAGGGAAUUCUUCCAACUUAAGGAUUUGGAGAAAAUUGCUCCCAAAGAGAAAGGUAUCGUGGCUCAAUCUGUUAAAGAUGUGGUACAGGCUUUGGUUGACGACGGACUGAUUGAUACUGACAAAAUUGGAACUUCAAUCUAUUUUUGGGCAUUUCCCGGAAAAAAUAUAAAAUUGACUGAAAAGAACAUUGAGGAGGCGAAUCAAAAAAUAUUUGAGGCUGAAAUGAAGAUUGCUAAAAUUAGUGAAGAAAUUCUCAGAGAAAAAGUUGAAAAAGAGGACUCAAUAGAGAGACAAAAAUUAAUUCAAGAGGUGACAAAGUUGCAACGACGAGAAACCAAACUUCAAAAAGAACUUGCAGAGCACAUGGCAAAUGACCCCGAAGAAGUUGCAGAGUUGACUAAAAAAGCAGAGAAAUAUAAAGAUGGAACAAAUGCGUGGACGGAUAAUAUAUUUGCAAUACAGAGCUGGUGCAACAAGAAAUUUGACAUAUCUAAGACAGAACUAAACAAACAAUUUAAUAUCGCCGAAGAUUUAGAUUACAUAGAAUAAGGUUAUGUCGACUAUGCUCUGAGAAUCGUAUGAAAUACGUGCUUCUGAAAGCUUGGUGGGAUUGAUAUAUACUCAUUACGUACCAUUCAACUAAAAUUCCUUUCAUAACAUUCA